AACUCAUCGACUGAUCAUGUACCUAUUCAAUGAUUUGAUUUGAUGAUACAAAAAUAUAAAGAAACACAUGGUUUCAAUUACUUAAAUGCACUAAAUUUAGACCUGUUAUAUGUAAAUAAAUAUUUUCAUUUAUCUACAUUUAUCUGUAUUACGAUGUCAGGAAAAAAAUGCAAACACUGUGGCUCUUCAGAAAUAGAAGUAGACCCAGCAAGAGGUGACGCAGUGUGUACUAAUUGUGGUUCUGUGUUAGAAGAUAACAUAAUCGUUGCAGAAGUAGAAUUCCAAGAGAAUGCACACGGUGGUGCAUCUGCUAUUGGUCAAUUCGUAUCUGCAGAAACAAAAGGAGGGGCUUCUGGUUUUGGACGAGCCUUUAAUGCUGGUAUUGGACAAGAAUCUAGAGAAGUGACAUUGAGAAAAGCUAGAGAUGGUAUUACAGCAUUGUGCCAACAAUUACGUCUUAACCAGCAAUGCAUUGACAUAUCAUGUAAUUUUUUCAAAAUGGCCCUUGCAAGACAUCUCACGAUUGGACGUCAGUCAUCCCUUACACAAGCGGCAUGUGUCUACAUGACAUGUAGAACAGAAGGAACAGCCCAUCUCCUAAUAGAUGUCAGUGAUGCUCUUCAGCUGUGCUGCUAUCAACUAGGCCGCACAUAUUUCAAAUUAUCUCGAGCACUCUGCAUCAACAUUCCACCAAAUGAUCCUUGUCUUUAUAUACUUCGUUUCGCAUCUCAAUUGAAAUUUGAAGACAAAAAACACGAGGUCAGCAUGACUGCACUACGCCUGGUGCAGCGGAUGAAGAGAGAUUCCAUUCAUUCGGGUCGGAGGCCGUCCGGGGUUUGCGGGGCAGCGCUCCUAAUAGCAGCUCGUCUGCAUGAUUUCUCCAGAACCACAGCGGAUGUUGUAAGAAUUGUUAAGAUCCACGAGUCAACUCUGCGUAAGCGUCUCAUUGAGUUUGGCGAGACACCGUCCAGUGCCCUCACCCUGGACGAGUUUAUGACCGUAGACUUGGAGGAGGAACAGGAUCCACCAGCUUUCAAAGCAGCACGGAAAAGAGACAAGGAUCGGUUACAGAAGUUAAUGGAAGAAGAAGAUGGCGAAAAAGAGUUAACCGAGCUGCAAAGAGAUAUAGAAGCUCAAUUAGACAAGGACACUACAAAAAGAAAGAGAGCAGCCCUCGUUCUAUCUCCGACGCCAUCGAUGUUGCAAAUGGAUGAAGGUUCGACGGAAGACGCCGAAGCGACUCGAUUUGCAACAGAAGAUACUUUGUCUCUCAUUGGUGAAAUAACUAAGGAUGUACAGCCUAAGGAAGAUCCUAACACGAAGAACGAACUUCACUUAGAAAAAGGGCUCGGUCCAGAAUUAGUGGUUAUCGGCUUGGGUCAGCAAGAAGAAAAGACGGAAACGUUUGUUAAGCCAGAAGGAAAGCAGCAACUCAACAAGGACCUGCAUAAUGCAGAAGAUUUGCACCUCAGCAACCAAGACGAAGAGUAUGUUAAUUCACUAAUCAUGACCGAAGAGGAGGCCCGACAUAAGACUCUUCUGUGGCACAAUAUCAAUGCUGAUUAUUUAAAAGAACAGAAAAUUAAAGAAGAAAUUCGCGCUAGAGAGAAAGAAGAAGGCAAAGAUAAGAAGCGCAAAGUCAGAGGCUCCUACAAGAAGAAGGUAGCUUGUAACGCCGCCACCGCCGGCGAGGCGAUCGGCAAGAUGUUGGCCGAGAAGAAAAUGAGUUCCAAAAUCAACUACGACAUUCUAAAGACUCUGGACCAGCCGGGAACAGCCCCGAGUCCAACCACGGCCGUCGAACCGGCCCCGCAGAGCGAACAGACGGAACAGGAGCCAGUAACACCGUCGGUGAUGGAGACGGUGGUGGAGAGCGCGGUGCCGGCCUCGCCCGUGCCCCGCAAGCGCAAGAAGAAGCCCGCCCCCGCGCUCAACACGGCGCCCGCCACGCCCGCGCCCGCCACGCCCGCGCAGACACAAGAUGCAGCAGAUGACUACGACGAAGACUUGGAAGUUGAAGAAACCGCACCCGAUGUCAGCGACCAGUUGUCCCUCGCUGCGAUGCUGAAAAAUGGAGACGACGACGAUUACUAUGACUAUGAGGAAUACUAGCGAUCUCUUAGCAGUAUUUCCAUAUUUAUUAUUAGGCAUGCUUGAACAUAAUAUCUGUGUAAGCAAACAUAUUGGCUGCUUCGGUGUUAAAAUUUAAGUAAAAUAAAAAUAGGAUUUGACUGUUCGUUAGGAAUAUAUCACUGCAUAUUUAAUAGAAUCAGUAUAAGAGUUUAUUGGUAGUGACUGUUAAACAGUAUAGUUCAAGGUCAUAUUAACAGUGCUUUGUACAAUUCUGUGCCUUCUCUACUAAGAGAUCGCGUUAUAGACAUCCUGAAAAUCUCAAUAUGUCAAAAAAUCACACAACAGAAACACAAUAGAAAAUAUUAACGCCUUCAAACAUUGAUUGCCUUUAAAUUGUUAAAUUGACAAACAAAGCAAUACAUAACUUAUGUAAUAUAUGGUUGUUUUUUAUAUUUUUAUAAAAUUUUAAUAAGGAAAAAUAUUUUAAAAGUAGUAGGUAGCUGAAAUAGUGAUUAUAUAAUGUAUGUAGACGUAGCGAACGGAGGGUAA